AUGGAUUUGGGACUCAUUGAUUCUACACGAGCAAAAGCAAACGACCGCGAAGAUGAUUUUGAAGUCUUGCAGACUCUUCGCUGUCAGAUAAUCUAUGGAACAAGUGCUAACAAUACCCGUGGUCUCGACUUUGAUAAGUGACAAACGCAAACUGGGGUAAUGUUUUGUCUUCAGUUAUUUGAGUGGUAAAGAGCGUAGAGAAAUGGUGUAUUUACUUCUUUUCGAAACUACUCAUUUCAGAGGUCCUUUCUUGCGCAUUUAACGCUACAUGCUACUCAGCAUCUAGCUUUCUAACAGACUAAAUUUUAAAACUUCCCAUUUCAAUGAUCAGAUGAUGGAACGAGUCACAGUUUCAUCAAGUUAUGUAAAUCCAAAUGUCAUGAAUAACCAUUUGAUUGGCGUCUAUGGAAUUAUCCAUCUGUUUUGAUAUUUAUCUUUAUCUGCAAGGUGCUGUUCUUACGUUUUUAAAAAUGUUGUUGGCGACCGUUUCCACAAUACUGUUACAGGUCUGAAAGGCUGGUUCCACCUGUCCCGAUUCUCUAGUGGAAAAAUCGCCCGUCUGAUCGACGGUCCGAUUCAGUUUCUGUUAGCAUUGAAUCAUGACAUAUUUUAUAGAGUAUAGCCAAGAUACGGGAUGAAAGCCCUUUUUAGACCUCUUGGUAUAGCCAAAUACAAUCUUUGUCAUAUAUUUUGUUGUCUAACCAUGCAUUUUGACGAAAUUGUCAGACAAAUUUUCCAUUCAUGGUAUCUUAAUUAGUAAGACGGAUCUGUUGCUACUCAGUAUGAGAUCAUGUAGGCUCUAAAAUUUUUUGAAAAAGUGACAAUGGUUUGAAGGGUGACGAAAACUUGUUUAAACAAGGAAGCUUGUAUUAUGACCCAGUCAUGUUGAUUUAGACUCUUUAGACAGUACAGAGUCGUGCUAUAGACUUGUCUGUGCUAGCUGAAGUUGUGGUGUUUUCGUGUGAACGAAGUCAGUUUGUUUAAACCAUUGCUAUCUUUUAAUUAGUACAGGCUGUGUUCUAAUUCUAGCAGUAACAUGUCUCAUGACAGACGAUCGAAAGGCCCUCGAACAACGGAUCAGCGGCGCGGACAACGGAUCAAGAGAGAACGCCUAGGGACUAGGCUGAGUGCAGUGUACUUUUUCCGGGGUAAAUGUCGUCCAAAAACAACAUGUAAGGGGGUGGGGGCGGGGUAGUGAGUUUGCUUUCAGCGGAGGCGUUGCUACCUGUACGUCAGUAUGCUUGUGCAUACCUGGAAACGUUCGAAGAUCAAUAAAUAACAAAAAAACUAAGUCAGUGAUGUCUUUUUUGAGAUUGGUAGUCGAUUCUGCUCUGCCGUCCUCUUCGUAUUACAACAUGGCCCCCACGAAAAAGCUAGCUAAAAAAAAGUAGUCCUAAUCCCUUCUCAGCCAAUCAUAUCGCAGGAAAUGGUAUAGAUAAAACAGUCUAUGGCACUGACAGGCAGAGAGGUGUUUUACCCGCACGAACCGUAGCCUGCUACACAGCCGUUUUUAGUGUCGUCACGCAACGCUCCAACUUGGCGUGACGACACUAAAAACGGCUGUGUAUCAGACUACUAUUAUUCAUUCAAAUAUUUUCCUUUUCUGAUUGGCCCAAAUAACUGUACACCUAAAAAUAAGUUCACCAAAAAUAAAACUCGAAGGAUGCCAACUGCUAUUUGCAGAAUGUCUGUCAGCCGCGGAUCUAGGAUAAAUACUGACCGAUUUCCUAAACGAGGGCCGAAGACGCAAGUACUAUCUAGCGGGAUGCUUUGGUUUUUAACUCUUAAAGUCCCCUUUCCUGGGUUUUCGAGUCAUUCAGGCAGGAAAUUGCCCAGGUUUAAACUUGGAAAAUGUUUUUUCUUAUUUAAAAAAAUAUAUUUAUUAUGAAAAAUCUGACCGAUUUCUGUAAAACGGUUGAAACAGGUGUGGAUCCGCGCUUGUCUGUUGUAGUAAACAUCUCUUUAUAACCAUCUUGAAUUUGCCGAGGAACUGGUAAAUGAAGACGGGAGCCGACGAAAGAUGUAAUUUCUGACGAUUGACAGACAUGGGAACGAAUUUGUCAGAAUUUAAUAUGCUGAGGGCACGGUAUAAAGGCACCCUGGCGUUCCUGGGAUAGUAUCGGGCUAUUUAUGGUUUUGGCGCGAGAUUGUGCCAUUCUACCAGUCAGCUCAGUCCUUCUGAUAGUUUUCGGUUUGCUUUGCAAGUUUUCCUUUUCUAUAUUUUAUUUUGUUACGUCUUCAGAUCUGUAUGUUUUGAAAUAACGUUUCUUAUAUUAUUUCGAUAUAUAGUUUAAGAAUUAAGGUAUUCAGACCCGUACUCUUUUCCUUUAAUAUAAUUUUGGCUGCCUCCUCCAUAGGCUUUGCCAAGUCGAGACAAGCUAGAAGCGCGAGAGAGGGAUGAUGGGAACGAGCGUAGAGCGCGAGCGACUGGAGACGAGGCAGUAAUAUUGGCGUAGUCUAUGUAACAUUGUAAUGUAUUUUCCCAUGAUCCCUUUCCCCGAGGUUUUACGUGCCACUGCAUUAGUAGGGGAAUACGUUUCCACACAUUUUUGGCCACUUCUCAAGGAUUGUUUUUUCAGUAGUUUUUUGGACCUGGCAUUGUACGAGUUCUAGCAUAGAACGUAUAUUAGUAUUGUGCUAGAAGGAUAUCAUUUUUGAUACAUUUGCAUCAGAUGAAUGACUAACGCAUCCUGAAUAAAGGUUUUCACAUUAAAUAUCUCGUGUUUGAAUAAAGAAUGAUUUCGCCUAAACGCAAAAACAAUUCUUAGAUUCGGUUUUCGUAUGAUCUGAAGAAUUAUUCAGAUCUCGCGGGGAAACACCCUCCUCCAUCUGUAUAAUUCUUCGAGAUCACACUCAGCCCCAGUCAAUAAUUGCUCGUAAAUAACCAGACUAAUCAAACUGAAAAAUUCUUUAUUUGACACAUAUUAAACUGUUUUCUAUUGUCAUCAAGUUGACGUCUGCCAGUUUCUUUGUUGUGCCUGCGAUUCGAGGAAAAUGACGCAAUUCAUUCCAGCAAAUUAUUCUGAUCAAGCGAUGGUAAUCAAAAUAAAAACUAGUGUAGUAGCUAGGUGACAAAUGAUUAAAAAUCUUUACAUGGUUGUUCCACCCCCUUCCCGGCAUCCCUUCCUAGCGUUAGUAAAUAAUGCUAGCAAGGGAUACCGCAAAGGUGGCAGACAGUGCUUUUUGAUUAUACAGAGGAAACCACGCGCGACCACUACUCGUAAGCAAGCAUUCUCUCUGGUCGUAAGCAAGCACCUUGCUCCCAAAAGCAACCACCUAUCCAAAACACCGGAAAACAGACAGCUUUAGUUCACUCUGCCGUUGAUCAGUCAUUUAAGUUCUUUGAUCCGAAAAGACGGACAACCCCCUCCCCCACCCCACCUAAACGGACUCCUAGAGUUCGAACGCCACUGUCUUUCAUUAGCCAUUCCAGUUCGUCGAUUCUCUGUAAGACGAGGGGUGACUUUCCCAUGCAGCAGUGUCCGUUUUAGAGAAGGUUGACUGUAGUAGAAAAGGCUUGUUUCACAAGUCUUAAGUUUGUUUAUUUAGAAGUUAAUCAGUGCAACAGGUGUUGCCACCAAUUAAAAAUGUUGAAAUAAACCCACGGCUUGAGACCAGUUAUUUUAAAUGACUUUACUUUAGAUGGUGAAAAUACACUUUCAGAAACAAAAAUUUAAGACAUAUGUAGUGAACAAAACUUUUGCAAUAAAUUCCCAAAACGGCCUUCUUCAUCUUCCUCCUUUUUCAGUUUUUGCAUUAAUUAAAAUGAGAUUUCUAGGUUGAUUAAUGAUGUUAGUAAUGCCUACCAUGGGAUAUGGUCAAAAGAGCAGAACUCCAUUGGCCAGCCGAGAGGGUGGUUAUUUGAUGAUCUCUACUACGGGAUCGUAUUUCCAAAUUAGAUACCGUUAGACAUUCAAUCUGUGGUUUAGGGAUUACCUGCUAUAACUAGUAGCACUAGAUCAGUUAUAACGCAAGUGAACUUCUUAACGAGUAAACGCAUAACAUCACAAAUUCUCUACGGUGAGGAAGGAACACUCACACAAAUUUCGUUGGGAAUUAGAAAAGACCGCUACACUCAUAUUAAGAGUCUUUCUCUUUUCUUUUGGGGUCCUCGAUCAAGAACAAGCCACUUAACUUGUAGGAGUACUCACAGAAUGCCCUGAAUGCCAAUCCUGCUACUAUUACCAGCGAAACAGUAGAACACCUGUGAGGGAGUAUACAUCCUCCUGUACCUUUUUGUUCCAAGCCUUUUCCCUGACAAAAUUACAAGCCAUAUAGUUCGUAGAUAAAAGUGAUAAUGUAACUUACCAUUAAAAGGCUAAAAGCGAAAAUUAUAGCAACAAUACUUCCAUUUUAAACGGGAUUACCUACAUCAGUGGAAACAGCAUGAUUUUCCUUUUCUAUCUAGGGCCUUAAAACAUGACGCUUGAAUAAAAAAAAAUUGCAGUCGUUAGGCGCGUUGUAGAGUAACAACUAUUAUAGUCGUUUGUUCUAGAGAUGGACCUGUGCAUAGAAGAAAUGGACGACUGGUUUUUUCUAUCAAGUUUCCUGCAUACCUGAGAAUUCCUUAGAUUGCAUCUUGCUCUAAUUUCCUGAAAGAUAAAAGAACACUGGUUGUGGGUAAGAAAAAAAUUUCCGUUUUUACCAACAGCGCCGACUGAGAAGCUAUCUAGACAGAUUAGUGAAUAGUAAACACUGAGCAAUAAAAACUAUGACUCUGAGAGUCUUGCUCAGUGUUCCGCGUGAAAUGCAACUUUUUGGAUCCCUCUUAAUAUUACGGACACAUCUCACGUGUGCAAUAGAUCGCCGCUGUUCCUUGUUAUCUGCGAAGAUGGCUUAGUUAAGCUUUCAAAUCUUGUAAGUAGCUGUGUUUGAUAAUAUCCAAAGUUAGCUCAUGUCCCAGGCACGGUUCGAUAUUAGCUAUGCACGUUAGCUCAUAAUGGAGGCACGACCAGGUAGAUGAGAUCAUUAUUAAACGCUCGAGAUACCACUCAAUAUUGGCACGAAACUCAAUGUUCUGAUUGGUGGUCGUCGCUUCAAACAAUAAUUCACUUGAAUGGGUCUUCAUGAAGGGACAAGUUUUGUCAAGCGGCCGUUAACUUGCAAAUUAAUCGCCUCACUAGAGACACUGCAGGCUUUAUGGCAAGUUCAAAGCGAUUGAAGUUGCUGUUUGUUGUACGACGUAGAGCGCUUUUGAAAACAGGGGUUAAAAUAGAUCGCUGAAACGCCAAAUAUAGCCGCCUUUAGCCGGAGCGGAAGUCAGAAGUCCGCGAGACAAAAUUAAAGGCUGUAAUCUCUUAGAGGGAAAUUAAUUAAGAGGUAAGUUCACGGCUUGCGUAACUCCGUUAUGGUUUUCAUCUUAAGUAGUUACAUUAAUUUAGUCUCCUUCUGAAACUUUUAGAGGGGUAUAUUUCUUGUAAUCUAAAUCCAAAACUGAAUACUUACUUCAGAGAAGGCUAGUUAAAAAAUGAAGAAUGUGUCGCGUUUUUGGCCAGUUUAGGUUAAUCUACAGUUAAUUAAAUGGCAUAGAAGUAAAAGUUCUUAAUGUUGCCAAAAUUAAUACCAAAGGGCAAUUAUUUUUGUUUUUGCGAGCAACUGAUAAAAAUAGUCUUAUCAGUUUUGUAUCGGUCGAAACGUUUUUAACGGUCUAAUUUUUCGAAAUGUUUUUAGAAUCCUUUAUAUCAAUCAUCCUUUUCAAAAUAGACAAACAGAAAGCUGAAAAAGGAACGUAACUGUGUAAGAGAUGGAUAACACUUUUUAGCCUCCAUAUAUUUUGAAUAUAUACCUUUUUAUUUUAAGUUUUCUUUCUAAUUAUUUUCACUCUUUCAAGAGCCGUGUUGUUGUCAUUUGGUGGCUCUAUUGUUGCGAGUAUCCAGUAAAUAAAUCCCCCACGACGUUUUUGUGAAGAUCUGUUUCAACCACCUGCUUUUACCAGACAGAAACUGUCAGCCUGGUCCAAUUAAAUACCGCAAACAAUUAACUACAAUAGGAAAUUUCUAAAUCUGUGUCUACACGAACAGAUCUGGUGUCACUUCUAGCUUCUCUUGUAGCCUCUGGGAGUCUCGCUUCGUUGAUGAAAGUAAUCCUUCUCGUUGACGUCUUCGAGGUUUCAGAAAUGGGCCACGGUAGCCAAAUCAGCCUCUUGUACAGCCGAAAUUUCUAAAGAGCCUAAGUACAUAUCAUUUUAUGUUUACCGGUACAGUAUACACGUGGGAAAUGAAUUCACUAUAACGGCUUCGUUUUUCAAGCCAUGUAGAAAUAAAAAAAGGUUUCCUGUAGGAAUCUUUAGUCCAGCAUAGAAUAGGGUAAAAAAAUACAGAAAGGGUUGACACAUCUGCUUUCCUUUUUUGUUUUUAGCCAAGAAGAGUGAUCAACAAGUUGGUAUAAUGCAAAGAUUGGUUAUCCUGUGGCUUACCGUCGGACUGUUAACCCGUGCAACGCAUGCUCGCCAUAACAUUACCGCUGCAUUGGUGGCUUUGGCACCUGUAUUAGACAAUGAUCAGGAAACUGCCCUAAGUAUGGACGGUAGAAAUGAAAGCUCGGUUCUAUCUGUAGACUGGAUUCUACUGCUAAUGGCAACGGCUGCUCAGUUUCUGUUAGUUCUGCAUCAUCGAUGA